CUUACCCGUCGAGCAGCACCUUCACACAAAACACAGACCUUCGAAACGCCUUGGGGCGUCUUCCAAUGAUGCGAAUUCCGUUUAUUGACAUAAUCAAAGUAGUUUUCGUGCUCUCAACAGUUGUCGCCGUCACAGAUUGUUGUUCGAGCCGAAUUCUACUACUCCGCGAGCACACGCUGAAAAUUGUGCAGCAUCAGCACAAUUUUCACAACCAUAUGCACGAGCAUGCUCACGAGCUGCAGCAGCAGAUCGAGGAGCAUGUGGUCCAGCUGGUCAACCAGAUGGAACUGCAGCAGCAACAGCAAGAGGAGCAGCAGCAGCAGCAGCAGUUGCAGGCCACGGUCCGCGAAGUGCCACCAGAUCCACGAGAGGAUGAAGACGGAGAGCUCUUACCCAACACGGUUGAAGAAGCUUCAGUGGAACCCAUGCUGGAAGAACAGCUACUGGGAGAGCAGCCAACAGCAGAGCCUCCUGCCAGCAGUACAGACUCUUCGCUAGCUGGCGAGAGCACCACAAAAACAGAUGGUACCACGGAGACAACGACACUCAUUACAGUGACUCACACCGGCGAACCGCCACCCGAUGACAGCUCGCCCAGUACGAGGGCCUCGCUCUCGACCACAAUCCCACCGGACAAGGUCAAAGAUACGGCCGAGAUCAUCAUGCUGCCCUGUAGAGACUCCUUCAAGACGAGCUUCUGCCUGAAUGGCGGCAACUGCUUCCGGUAUCCGCUCGGUAACCAAAGUCUUUACUCGUGCCUCUGCGCAGACGGCUAUGACGGACAACGAUGCGAGUUCAAGAACUGGAAUGGGGACUAUGUGAAGGCCCCGCCGGCACUAGAGGCACACCCGAAGAUCCGAAUGGCGCGCAUCGUCUUCUCCUUUCCCAUGCUCAUCCUUCUAUCGACGAUCUACGUGCUGUUUGCGGCCGUAUUCAUGCUCCGCAAUGCGCCCGAGUAUCGCCGGAAGCAGCAACAACUACACUUGCACAAGCAACGGUUUUUUGUCAGAUGUUGAGCCAGCCCCAAAAGCGGGGGCUGCCAACCUUAUGCGGCGUUUUUGUAUUAUUAUUUUUGCCAGUUGGGCAAAUUUUUGUUGAUUUGGAAACGACUUUGGUUUCACAAUACUCGAAUAUUUUGUAGAUGGUAGGACUCUAUGACCAUAUCUUUACGUUGCGCAACGCAAAGUUAACGCUUUAAUUUAUUGAAUACAUUUAGUAUACUUAGUAGGAUUUUCUAUUUAGUUGCAAAAGACGCACACAUUAGUAAUUCUCAUAUUUUUUUCUCAUUUGUUUCGCUUUUGAAGCUUUCGUUGGAGCUUUUGUAGUUUGUUUUUGUGGUAACAUUUUGUUACGUUACGUUACGCUACGUACGUUAAAUUAACCAUAACGAAAUAUUUAGAAUGUACUUAGGAGAUAAUCUUAGCGCCUACUCCUCCAGUUACCGCACAACUAUUUCUUUCCGUAACACUCUGUUACAUCCAAAUCGUAUUGUAUGGAGAAACGUAUUUUUUUUUGUAGUAGUGCAUUAAAGAGAAAUGGGACUCGAAACGGGACAACCAAAAAACGUUCUCGACUGUGUUUCCUUUUAUUUUUUGUUUCAGCCCUGAUUUUGGUCCGCUUUGCCCUGUAUCUGGUCUGGGGGACUGGCAGUGAAGCACGCUGUUGGGUGUUUAUAUUUUAUAAUAUAUAUUUUAUCCAAUAUUUCGUCCAAAAAUUCUUUACAAAUUUCUUCGAACUUACAGUUAAAUGUAUAGUAGAAAUUAUUCAAAAAAUUCUCCUCACAUUCAUCAUUAUCAUCGUUUCGCGUAUGGAUUGUUGUAUGGUUGUAUGGUGGUAUUGUUUUCUCCUUCUAUCAA